AUGGCCGGUAUUCUGGCGUGGUUUUGGAACGAGAGGUUCUGGCUCCCCCAUAAUGUAACCUGGGCAGACUUAAAAAACACAGAUGAGGCUACGUUCCCGCAAGCCGAGGAUCUCUAUCUAGCGUGUCCUUUAGCAUUCUGCAUCUUUAUGAUCCGGCUGGUUUUCGAAAGGUUUAUUGCCAGACCAUGUGCCAUGGGCCUGAAGAUCCAAGCCAACGGGCCACAGAAAGCACAACCCAACGCUAUCCUGGAGAAGGUUUUCACUGCUAUUACUAAGCACCCGGAUGAGAAGAGGUUGGAGGGCCUGUCCAAGCAGCUGGACUGGGACGUGAGGACCAUCCAGCGCUGGUUCAGACAACGCCGAAACCAGGAGAAGCCGAGCACCCUCGCCCGAUUCUGUGAAAGCAUGUGGAGAUUUACAUUCUAUCUAUACAUAUUCACAUAUGGAGUACGCUUCCUUAAAAAGACUCCAUGGCUUUGGAACACUAAAGAGUGCUGGUACAACUAUCCUUACCAGCCGCUGACUGUGGACAUCCAUUAUUACUACAUACUGGAACUGUCUUUCUACCUGUCCCUGCUCUUUUCCCAAUUCACAGACAUCAGGAGGAAGGAUUUCCUGCUCAUGUUCCUGCACCACGUGGCGACCAUCUCUCUCAUCACCUUUUCCUACGUGAACAAUAUGGCACGAGUGGGGACCCUGGUCAUGUGUCUCCAUGAUGCAGCCGACGUGCUGAUAGAGGCUGCCAAAAUGGCCAACUAUGCCAAAUGUCAGAUACUGUGCAACCUCCUUUUUGCAAUGUUUGCAAUUCUCUUCAUAAGUUCCAGGCUGGGAUUUUACCCUAUCUGGAUUUUAAAUACAACCUUGUUUGAGAGUUGGGAGAUUGUUGGGCCCUACCCGUCCUGGUGGGUCUUCAACCUGCUUUUGAUCCUGCUGCAGCUUCUUCACUCCUUCUGGUCCUACCUCAUAGUGAAGACAGCGUGCCGAGCCAUCUCCAGAGGAAAAGUGGGAAAAUGGAAUCCGUUACAUGUGUCUAAAGACGACCGCAGUGACAUAGAGUCCAGCUCCGACGAGGACGACAACCCUCCGCCCAAUCAGAAACAUCACAGCAGCAGCACCACCAAUGGGACCAACAAAAAUCACGGGACUAACGGUUACCUAACAGGAGCCCUGUAUCCCGAAGAACACUGACUGAACGUAUAUCACAACACUGGAGCCAUGCUAAAGAAACCAUCCACCAUACUGAGUGUGUGUGUGUGCGCGCGCGUGUGUGUGUGUGAGUGUGUGUGUUUUGACAUGAACAUCACCUGUCUGCUACUGGAAGUUCUUGAGAUUUGUGUGAAUGCAGUUUUUUUCAAUUUCAUUCUUUACUAAUUUCCUUGCGCAAUUUAUUCUCUUCAUCUAUAUAUUUGCAUCAAACUGCACUCAGUGAAUAAUCAAAGCACUCUUAUUGGUACAACCCACUCUGUUUCAGCCAAUGAAUGAAAGCAUUUCAUUUUAUGGUGUAAGCAUGCUACUUUAACAUACAGUAGUCUGGCAUACUGGGGGUGAGUUUUUUCUUCUGUUUGUCAUUUUAUGUUAUUUAUUUUUAUCGAUUUGUGUUUGCAGAUGGUAGUUGAUUCUACUUUGAUGUCAGGGUUUAAGAUAAAAUCAUCAUCAUCAUCAUCAUCAUCAUCAUCAUCAUCAACAACAACACCGCCUUUUUUGUCUUUCCACACACCAUGAUGACGAGUAUUAGCUAAAUGCUGAAGACCUGGGUUUACUUUUAUGCUACACCCCCAAAGAAAUGCCAAAAUGUGCAAAGUUUACUCACAUUUUUAAAUUCAUUCUCCACUCAAACUGUAUAUGAGAUGUCAACAACAGUAUUAUGUGUGUGCAUCAGAUAUCAGCUUCAUGCUGUAUUCCUUAUUAAAGCAUUUUGUUAAGUAUUCUGGUA